GGCGGGUGGGCGUGUCCCAGCUCACAGGGGUGCGGUGGCGGUGGUCUCCGUGUGGCUGUGUGUGCCUGUCCUAUCUUCGCUCAGCCCAGGGUCUUACCCCCUCAGCCUGGGGGGAGUCAGAUCCCGAGUGAGGUGAGGAAGCAGACGCUGCCCCACCCUAGGGAGCUUAUGCGGCCGAAAGUCUGAGUGGAGAGCGAAACUGAGAGACACUGAGUCAGUGGGGCGAGGGAGCACCGGGCAGGGGCGGGCCACAGGCGGGGCCUCCAGGAGUCUCUCUGCUACGCGGGAGGGGGCCCCAAGGUCAGGCUGUCCACUCAGAACCGUACCUGUGGUGUAUGCCCACCCCCAGGACUUGGGCGCGGGACAGCAUGUCCAGGCAUAUUCGAGAUGGACCAAGCGCAUGUAUCUAUGUCGCCGUGUGGGCGCGGGUGUCACGGUGGUGGUGUGGCUGUGAACCCCCACCCUCUGUCAUUACUCUGAGAGGAAGAGGCUUUAGGUGAACAGUGAGCCAGCCUCUCACCUACUCUGGACCUGUUUCUCCCAGGGGGUAUCUUGGCAACCACUACUGCAUCAUUCCACAGCAGCCCACUGUGCCCCGCCCCCCCCCCCCAAGGCCACACAACAGGGAUGUGGCUCCCGUGUGCUAGGCCCGCCUCUGAACUGAAUUCCACCCCCUCUCACCCUGCCCACCUCCUUGAGGCUAAGGGUUAGCUGAGUGGGGAGAGACCCCAAGCCCUCUUCCCCAGCUUGGAUAGCAUUGGGUAGGGGUGAGGCUCUGCUAUGUGCAGAGACCCCGGCACGUGAGGGAAAUGAGCCUCCAAUUUCUUGGGAGACAUAGAAGCAGUAACAUUUGUGACUCUGGGCCAGGGCCCACGCCCUGCAUCCCUCUGUCCUCGCACUGCCCCUUUGAGGCCUAGCAGCUGGUGUGGGCUUCCAGAGCUCACCUUUCCAACAUGUUCCUCUCAGGCUGGGAAGCCCACCCCGUCCCCUCUCUUGCCCUCUGUGGUCCCGGGGCUCUCCGCAGGCAAAGUGCUGGCUUGAGAAACCAUGCUGCCUCAGAGAAGUGGGCAGGGCACUCUGUCCAGGGUCUGGCUGGGCUGGGCUGGAGUCCCUCCAUGUGGUGGCAUCUCAGACCUCGACUCUCUCUGUCCCAGCCUGGGACACAUCAUGUGACCCUGGUGGAGUCACGUGAGGUGUGGUGGCCCUGGUGGUCCUCUUUUGCCAGGACAUAGCAGGAAAGGGGACCAGGCAGGUUGAACCUACAAAUGAACCAACCUUGCCACAGCUAUGAGCUAACUCCUCCCUGGGCCCUAAGGCUGGGCCCGGGACACAGGGACAGCUGUGUGGCCCUUCCUGCUCCAUGGCCUAAUUUUCAUGGGUCCCAACCCUGAGCUGUUCCCCACACUGGGUGUGGGUACAGGAGGCCCCACCCAGAGUCAGGGAGGCCAGGAAGCCGUGAGCCUGUUCACAUUCCUGGGCUUGCCCAAGGGGUGGCUUAGCUUGGCCGGGACUCAGCAGCCUUUGAGACGGCCCCUGCUAGCACCCAAAUGAAGCAUGGCCCCAACUCGCCCCUGAGCCCUCAGCCCUUCCAGCCAGGGUGUCAGGUCAACACCCAUCCCUAUCCGACUCCCAAUCUGAUGAUUAACCCCCCCGACUACAGAGGAUCCCCUGUGUGCCAGAAUCAGCUAAGUGUGUGUGGGCACUGACAACCCCUCCCCUCAACAGACAGGCACUGAACCUCCAGCACAUCCCAGGCCUGGCCUAGGCCCUGGGGAUACAGCAGUGGGCAAAAUAGACAAAGACCCCAUUCUCUUGAUAUUCCCAUCCCUGUGACAGAGCCAGAUAACAAGUAAAAGAUAUGAUAAGUCAGAUGUGGUGGCGUUAAGGAGAAAAGUAAAGGAGGAAAGGUGUGCAGAGGGAUCAGGGAAGGUUACAAAGUUACCCAGAAGGGAUCUCCUAGAGAAGGUGAUAUCUGAGCCAAGUCCUGAUGGGUGAGAAGAGAGUUGGCCUGAGUAGUCCAGGCAGAGGGACAGCAAGUACAAAGGCCCUGAGGCAGCCUGUGCCUGAUAUGAGAGAACAGGACUAGAGGAGGGGGCAGAUCAUAGAGGACCCUUUGAGCCAUUUCCAGGACCUUGGGCUUCUCUGUGGGUGAAGUUAAGGGGCCCGCGGUGGUGUGCCAAAGCUGUCGGCACAGACUCUCAAGGGCUGAUCUGAUGCAUCUUUUUCCAGCUCCCCAGUCACUGACAUGCUGGUAGUUUGAAAUGGGCCAUGGUGGGAGUAUUUACAUCGAAAUCGCCUCCCCACUUUGUAGAACCAGGUAUUAAAUAUUUACAGCCAACACUACAAGCAUGGGAGUGUUUCGAGCACCGUCUCCGUCAGAUGCCCCCAAACCCCUCUGACCGACAAGUCUUUGGAGGCUGAGUAACUGACACAAGGGUACACAGCUGAGGAAAUGUCUAAAAUGAGGGUUGGAUCUCCGCUGAGUUCAGACUUCGCUGUCUCUACCACUGGGCCAUGUAAUUUUAUGACUGGCAGGCAGUGUUCGCUCGUGUGUGUAUCUUCCCACUAUUUCCACGUUAAGAAGCUGUGAGUGUGUAUACGGUUCUGUACCUAUGAGCGAUGGUGUGUGUGUGUGUGUUCCUAACCUUUGUAUUGUGUAACUGUAGGGGUGUGUAUGGGCGGGGCAGCUGGUCCCAGGUCAGGCCCCCUCCCCUGAGCUCUGCUCCCCACAGGACAUCCCAGAUUUGGAGAGCCAGCGAGAAAAUCUAGAGCAGCCGUUCCUGAGUGUGUUCAAGAAGGGGCGGCGGAGGGUGCCUGUGAGGAAUCUGGGCAAGGUCAUACACUAUGCCAAGGUCCAGCUGCGAUUCCAGCACAGCCAGCCCUGCUCUCCCCCAGGACAUCAGCGACUGCUUCCUGGAGCUGUUCCCCUCUUACCUGUACUUCCAGGCCCAUGGUUCCAAAGGACUCACCUUCCAGGGGCUGUUACCACUGAUGGAGCUGAGUGUCUGCCCGCUCGAGGGAUCCAGAGAGCAUGCCUUCCAGAUCACAGGCCCGCUGCCUGCUCCCCUUCUCGUGCUCUGCUCCAGCCAGGCUGAGCUGGGCCGCUGGCUGUACCACCUGGAAAAGCAGAUGGCCCUCGUGGGAGGGCUGCAGCACUGCCACUCAUCGCCCCCGCAGGGCCUCCCUGAGGACGAGCUGCCCUGGACUCUGCAGCGCAGACUGACCCGGCUGCGGACAGCAUCGGGGCGUCAGAUGGUGGGUAGUGCCAUCUGUGCCUCGAGGGUCAAGCUUCAGCAUCUGCCUUCACAGGAACAGUGGGACCGGCUUUUGGUCCUGUACCCAACAUCACUGGCCAUUUUCUCUGAGGAAGCAGAUGGGCUUUGCUUUAAGGGGGAGCUCCCACUCAGCGCCAUCCACAUCAACCUGGAGGAGAAGGAGAAGCGGAUCCGCUCUUUCCUCAUCGAAGGCCGUCUCAUCAACACCAUUCGCGUGCUGUGUGCCAGCUACGAGGACUACAGCCACUGGCUGCUCUGCCUGCAGACGGUCUCCCACGGGGACGGAGCUCCCCCACCGCCUGGCCCUGAGAGCUUCCCAGGGCUGCGGGUGUCCACACAGGUCCUGGGUGGUGGCCGAGGCUCACUCUCCUCAGAUGGACGAACCAGCUGGGGCUCAGGGUGCCCAGCACCCCCGUCCACGCACACCAGCCACUCUCUCCCUGAAUCCUCAGUGCCGUCCACCACAGGCUGCCCCGCCCAGCCUGUGCCUGACCAGGCCAACCCUGGUGGCACCGGCACCAGCAGGCAGAGGGCAGAGCCGAGACGGAGCAGCAGCAGUCGGUCACCCAGGAACAAGGCCCGGGCUGAGGGGCCCGGCCUGGCCACCUCGUUGUUUUUGGACCUGACCAAGCUGAGCAAGCACAGCCCGGAGGGCAACCCCGAGGCCCGAGACCAGCCUCCGGAGGCCCCACGGUCCCCGCUCUAUGCUGAUCCCUACACACCACCUGCUACCUCCUACCACAAGAUCACAGAUGUCCAGGGCCUGGAUGAGUUCCUCAGCGCGAUGCAGAGCUCACUUGGACCUGAGUCCUCGAGCGCAUACCCCUCGGUCCCUGUGUCUGUGCCUGUCUCUGACCCCAGCUCUGGGCUCUCCGGUCCCCACUUGCUCUCCAAGAAGGGAGCCCUGCAGCUGCGAGCCUCUCAGCGGCACCGAGGCUCUGUCCAGGGCCAGGGUCCACCACCCCCAGACUCCCCUCAGCAUGUCUCCCCUGCGAGAGAAGUCUCACCCGACCCCCUGCUGCCUCCCUCAGGUGGCCAUCCCCUCAGGAGCUAUGACAACAUCUGGGACAAAGCUUCAUCUCCUUCCCACAAGCGCUGGCCCCGCGGAGCACCUGAGGCUGGUGGGGGGCUCAUCCAGUGGAUCUGAUGGCCCCUGGGCCGGCUGGUUCUUGGGACUACGCGCCAGCAUUAACCCGGGAGUGGGGGUCUGCAGCAGAGCUGGGUCUUUCUUUGUAGGGCCACAGGCUGACCAGCAUCCAAUACCUGAACGCCAUCGAAGGCUGAGUCAGGGUCUGACCCCAGCAGGGUGCAGGGGUCUCCAGAACUCUGAGUUUCCCUGGGCUCUGGAGGGGCCAGGCAGAGGGCCUCAUACCGAAGAUGGCCUGGUGACACUGCUCAGGUCAGACACAGAUCAGAGCAGGAUGCAUGGAGGGACCAAACUUGAACCAUUCCUCCAAGGAAGACACGGGGAGGCCACUUGGUGCAGGCUUUACCUGGGGGUGGGAGAACAGCGUAGGUGUGAAGGCCAGAGGGCUGAGAAAGAGUAGUGAGGGUCAGAGCACGUGAGGUCAGAAAGCACAAGGGUAGGAGGUCAGCGAAGUCUGAGACAUCACAAGCAGAGGCAGGAGGGUGUUCCGGGCAAAUGUGAGUGGACUGCGGCCGGCUGGGAGAAACUGACAAGAGACUAAACAAGAAAGAUAAAGAUUUUUUAUUUGUGCUGCGUGUCCCCGCGUUUUCCACUCAGCAGCCAGAAGUCCCCUGUCCUGGGGACCCUGUGCACACGCCGACCCGGCACCCAGCUUGGUAGCCUCCGUUGCUUUGCCACCACCAGCCUCCCACCCGCGUUCCUGCCCCAUCUCUGGCUCCUCAAAGCCCCGGGACAACCCCAAAUGUUCAGUCCCUUUACCUGACACCACCAUAUUCUGCCCCUGUACCUCGUCCAGGGUUCCCCACAGGAGGGGCUCCAGCCUCUGCCCUACAGACCCUCACCCUGCUAGGGCCACCCUCCCAUAGGCCCCUGUGGGUUCCUGCUCACGGUCUCAGGAGCCCAGAAGGCCUUGGCCACACGCCCCUGGGGUUCAGGGGUCAAAGAGGCCUCAGAGGUUUUCACUACCCCAGUCCACUUGUAAAGAGGGCAGAUAGUCUCUGGGACACCCCCCUCCACCUGAAGGCCACCCAGUCUCCUCGCCCUUGCCCCCUGCCCGGAUUUCCAGCUGCAGCCUUGCUGCUGCACUGACACCUUCUAGUUUCCAACACUUUGUCCUGCUUCUCACCCCGGCUCACCAAACGAAACCUAAGGCACCCCGUUAAAUUUGAUUUCAGAUAAGCCACGCGUAAUUUAGUACAAUCUCCGAUACUGCAUGUCUGAAAUGCAAGUUUCACCGGACACCCUAUGUUUUUAUUUGCUAAUCUGGCCACCUUACUAACCAGCUCCUUGCUCAGCCCUACCCACCCAGCCUUCCAGAAUCUCCCUCUUUCCAGGUGUGGAGCACAGCCUUGGCCUCGGCCACUGGCUAGACCUUUGGGUGGAAUCCAAGGGAGCCAGGACCGAGGACACUGGCUCCUUCCUAGAUGCCAUAGGACACAGGGAUCAAAGGGCAAGACCUGAGGCGGCACCUCGUCCUGAGCCCCUGGGGCCACUUCUUUGUCCUGUGUCUUCCUGGACCAAGCCUGGAUCCUACCAGCUGGGGCUGGGGCUGCGGCUGCGGCGCCCCUGCCCCACGUGCCGGCGGAAGUAGUGGAUGGCGGAGAUGGUACCAAUAUUGGCCAACAAGACUGCAAGAGAAGCACGAGAGAGCCUCCUGAGUGCCGGCUGCCUUCCGGUCUGGCCACUGUCUUCUAUCCACACGGCCUGGCCCUCAAAGGGCAGGAGGAGGCCAGCGGAACUAGGGGUGGGUCGGGGAGAAAUCUGUGCCUCUCCACACACCCCUCAUCCCUGCUGGCCCGGCAGCUGAGACUGGACACCAGCUGUCAUCCUGGGCACCAGCCCACUCCUCCCCCAGGGCCCCCAAACCUGUUUUCCAGGCGUCUGGGGUGUGCAGAUCCGAUGUUCUCACAGCCCAGGUGGCAAAGGCUACGAACACCAGGCACAUGUCGUUCUGGCUGAAGGUAAACGAGGUGAGAGGCUCCCGGGGCUCUCCUAGGGAAAAGAAGCAUGCUCUGUGCUCCGGCUCCACCCAGGCUCGUCUGUCCCAGACACACUGUCUGAGUCACUUCUUCUGUGUAGUACCCCGUCCCAAGACACAGGGUAGUGUGUGGCACAGUUGAGUCAAGCUGACCUCAGCAGGAUUUGCCGCUGGGGUACCAUUUCCUUGUUUGUAAAAUAUCUUGCAGGGAAAUGUGAGAGAAAGUCUAUUGAGUGCCCGACCCAGCAGGCAGCAAGGCCUGAGCGUGAGCUGUCCCGGUGUCUACUGUGCUAGAGGCCGGGGGCAGGGCACUGCUGUCAUCUGGGCCCAGAUACAGAAUGACGGUCAGUGCAGAGACAAGUUCCUGAGUGGCCGUGGUGUCUGGCCUCAUCCACCCCACCUGGACUGUGUCCUGGGAUGGCCAGGAGCUGGUCCAUCCUUCCCGGAUCAUCCCUAAGGCCCCCCUAAGGGCUCAUGACCCGGGGUCCUAGCCUGCCCCUCCCCAGCAGCCCUCCUGGCUGAGCUCUCUGGACAGUACGUUCUCGGGACCUGGACAGCCCCGGGGCCCACGCGACACUCACCUGCUUGGCUGAACUCUCUGGACAGUACGUUCCCGGGACCUGGACAGCCCCGGGGCCCACACGACACUCACCUGCUUGCCUGACUGCCAGGCUGAGCUGCUCUGCUGUGACUGGGCUAGGCUCUGGUGAGGUUCCAGACCCCACUCCCCAGGGGACCGACCCGGGGGGCUCUGUGGCCUGCAGCUGGAGAAGGGCAGCCAGCUCUAGCACGCCCCCCGACACGUCCUCCCCAAGGAAGUGUUCAUAGGCCUCGGGGAUGGAGAUGGGCACGGGGUCUCCAGGCGGACAGGCUGGCACAGGCUCAGCUUGUGGGGGGUGGGCCACGGAGUGGACCCCCCAGUGCCCUGACCUCUGGGCUCGGCGGUCCUGGAAGAAGAACUCGCACGUGUCCGGCCACUGUACUCCGGCCAGCGCCUGGUCAGCUUCUGCCGCCUCCACGGCAUCUUUAUCCUCCUCCUCAAUAGUGUCACAAAAAAAGAACUCGUAGGCCUCUGGGAGGGUCACUGCAAAGCUGCUCCUGGGCCUAGACCCCACAGAGGCAGAGGGGGGAGGGGAAGGCAAGUGUUUGAGGAUCCGAGGCUGGGGGGACCGGGGCCCGACUGCCACGGCAUCCCAGCCACCAGGCCUGUCUCGGCCCCCAGCUGCUGUCCUGGGAGGCACGGGCCGGGCUGUGGCUGGUGAGGGUGGGCCUGAGGUUUCUCCCAAACCUGGCUCCUUGGGGCUGGGCACGGCCAUGGAAAAUCGCACUCUCUUCUUCUUGGGUGCUUGAACAGAGCCUGGUGGGGGGGGCUCCCCCGAGUGAUGUCCAGGGGCACCUGCUGAAGGCUCCCCUCUGGGUUUCUCUUGGUGUCCUCCUGGAGACACAACAGAGCUCAAACACAGCCUGGCCAUCGGGGCAGCCUCCACCUCCACCAAGUCAGGCCCAGCCCGGGGAAGGGGAGCAGGUGUAGACACACCUGCAUCGGAUCGGGUCUUGGAAACAAGGUGAGGCAGAGCAAGUGUAGAUGAGUCCUCCUCUGGCUUAACCACUGGGCCCACCACAGGUAGGUCCAUGUCCAGUCUAGACUUGGGGGCAGAUGUAGACAGAGCCAUGUCAGGUUGAAGCUUGGAGGCGAGUGUAGACGGAGCCACAUCUGACUUAGCUUCGGAGAUAUCUGGGUGAGUCUCCUGGGCAGGUGUGGACGUGGUGUGUGGCUCGGCUCUGGGGGUCAUUCUGAGUGGGUCUGUACCUUGCUCAAUCGUAGGGACUGGUGUAGACAGACCCAAAUCUGUUCCUUGCUUGGUCAUCUGCGCAGGCGCUCCUGCAGACU